UUAGAUUUAUGGCCUUGCAGGUGCAUAUUGGAUUCUUUAGGAUACUGCUGUUACGGGAACUAGUGCUGCAGUGCAGGAUGAGAGUUUUGAACGAGAAGAGCUGGAUUAUGAAGAGGAUGACGAUGAGGAACACAAAGAGGAGCGCACCGGAAGAUUCACUUCGGAGAGAAAACCUGCUGAUGCGACUCCUCCAACUACCAACAUAGAUAAAGUGGAAGGACGACGUCAAGGUGGUGGUGAGAAUCGAAACCAUAACAAUAAUCAGAAACAAUGGCGUAACGGCGGUGGACGAGGCAAUGGUCGCGGUCGUGGCAAUAAUGGCCAUCGCUACAGAGGCGGUUCGAAUAUGCAGUAUGGUGGCCCGAUGCGAGUGCAACAAGGGCAAGGCAUUGUAAGUGGGCCAACUCCACUUCUUUCACUGAAUACACAAGGUCUAUAUCCGCCUCCUGGAGGAAAAAUCCUUAUCAAUCCUAAUUUCCGAGGCCCAGUGCCAUCUGGUCCAGGACCGAUAGAGCGACAAAGACGCUUUCCAGGCGGUCCAGCGAGUGUGCUACCCCUUGUAGGUGCACCAUCUGUACUACCAACGAUUGUGCCUGGUCAAGGUCCCAUAAUUCCUCGUCUUCCUAAUGGAAUUCCUUUGACAGGCCUCCCAUCAAAUCAUGGAGCCGCCGGGUUUGGUCCCCCUCCAUCAAAUCGUCCACAGAUGCCACCCCCAAUAAUGCCUGGGAUGAAUGCUGGCAUCAGCAGACCUGCUCCAGUCGGACAGUGGGAUCAAGCGGUAGAGGCGUUUCUCAGCGGCUCUACCCAAAGACAACGCAGCCCCCCUCACGAUCGCGAUCUCCUCGUCGUAGACGGGAAAAUAGAGGAGGAAAUAAUAGACAAAGAAAUCAAAGAGAACGUGGAGGUCGAGGAGGAAACAAUUUCCGAGGUCGCGCUGGACAGAAUCGACGUGAUGUUCCAAGAAGAGACACAAACAGGGAUAAUAAGCAGGUGA